AUGACUCAUAUGAGAGACAGGGAAGUUUCUUCAGUUGCAGACUGGGAAAAUGAAGCACGCAGGACACGGUUUUCAGCAGGGGAACUCAUCUUGCAGGAGUGGCGUUGGUGCAGCGGUGGUGGUCCAAGGCUAACAGCAAAGCAGAGUUCACAAGGAGGAGUAUCUUUUCUUAAACCAACCAGCCGCUCCGGCAGUACGUACGCUCUCCUUUUGCUUUGUCUUCAUUCUUUGUUUAUGUCUGACAGCACUUCUGCUGCUGCACUCCACGCAGCUAUUCAGAAUUUUUGGUACCUGAAGAAUUUUAUGGACAUGAAUGAGGAAAUCUGGUGCAAGAGGCUGGGUUUCCAGGUCUACAGAGAGACAGAGACCAUUGUCAAGACGGGAAGGAUGUGCGGCAGCGGAGGAAGCUUGCUACACCAGCGCUCAGCUGCACGCCUCAGCUCAGCUCUGCCCCGAAUGAACCCGCUGGCACAGCUCCGGCCCCCUUUGCUUGCGAGAGAGUCAGUUAGGGACAACGAUGAAGUUGGGGCUCUGGUUUUCGACAUUGGCUCGUAUACAGUGAGAGCAGGCUAUGCAGGCGAGGACUGUCCAAAGGUUGAUUUUCCAACAGCCAUUGGUGUGGUGCUAGAAAGGGACAAUGGCAGCACUCUGAUGGAGAUAGAUGGUGACAAAGGCAAACAAGGGGGCCCGACUUACUACAUAGACACAAAUGCCCUGAGAGUUCCAAGGGAAAAUAUGGAGGCCAUUUCACCUUUAAAAAAUGGAAUGAUUGAAGACUGGGAUAGUUUCCAGGCAAUUUUGGAUCACACUUACAAGAUGCAUAUUAAAUCUGAAGCAAGUUUGCAUCCUGUCCUUAUGUCCGAAGCACCAUGGAAUACUAGAGCCAAGCGUGAAAAACUGACUGAAUUGAUGUUUGAACACUACAACAUCCCUGCUUUUUUCUUGUGUAAAACUGCUGUCCUAACAGCUUUUGCUAAUGGGAGAUCUACAGGUCUAAUUUUGGAUAGCGGAGCAACACACACCACUGCUAUUCCAGUGCAUGAUGGAUAUGUCCUUCAGCAAGGUAUUGUAAAAUCACCACUUGCAGGAGACUUUAUUACUAUGCAGUGCCGGGAAUUGUUUCAGGAAAUGAACAUAGAGAUAAUUCCUCCAUAUAUGAUUGCUUCAAAGGAGGCAGUUCGUGAGGGGUCACCAGCAAAUUGGAAGAGAAAAGAGAAGUUACCCCAGGUCACUAGGUCUUGGCACAACUACAUGUGUAAUUGUGUCAUUCAGGACUUCCAAGCUUCUGUCCUCCAAGUAUCAGAUUCAACCUAUGAUGAACAGGUAGCAGCACAGAUGCCGACAGUUCAUUAUGAGUUCCCCAACGGUUAUAACUGUGACUUUGGUGCUGAGCGUCUAAAAAUUCCUGAGGGAUUGUUUGACCCUUCUAAUGUAAAGGGUUUAUCUGGUAACACGAUGUUGGGUGUGAGCCAUGUUGUCACAACAAGCGUUGGAAUGUGUGAUAUAGACAUCAGGCCGGGCCUCUAUGGCAGCGUGAUUGUAGCAGGAGGAAACACUCUAAUACAGAGUUUCACAGACAGAUUGAACAGAGAGCUGUCUCAGAAAACUCCACCGAGCAUGCGCCUGAAGUUGAUAGCGAACAACACGACAGUGGAGCGGAGGUUCAGCUCAUGGAUUGGUGGUUCCAUUUUGGCUUCUUUGGGUACUUUUCAACAGAUGUGGAUUUCUAAACAAGAAUAUGAAGAAGGAGGGAAACAGUGUGUAGAAAGAAAAUGUCCUUAAACCUCUUACUGUGAAAACUGCUGCCUGCUCAGUGCUCCUCCUGUUUUAUAGCUUUAGCAUACUCAGGAAUGGGAUGGACUCUUUUUUGUAGAAAGUUUAUAUUGGAUUUUUUGCAUAAUUCAAGUUCCAUUUUAACAAACCUUAGAAAUUUUGAGAGCUCUAAUUGGUACUACCAUAGAAAAAGGAUGUUUACAUCCCUUGUAAAGCAAUAAUUCAUGUAACAAGCAUUUUAUAAUUUUGUAUAAAUGUCUAUUUUUCUCUAGUGUUUUUUCCUGGGAACAGCUUUACAGUUUAGCAGAUAGAUAGAGGCAUAACCUUGCAAAUGCCCAUGCAAAUUUAUUAAAAAAUUCUUGUCUACUUUCAUAUAUUAGUCUUCCUUGCUGGUACUUUGGCCUUAAAUUCCUCUUAAUUUUCUCUUUAAAAAUAAAAUUUUGUCCUUUAUAUUUGAGCAACUUUGUGAGUACUUGGAGAGUAAAUUACUCUUCUGUUUUAAAAAUGGAUGGAAAGCUUGUAUUUAGUAAUCUACUAUAGGUGACUCAGUUCAGUGUAAACUUUUACUCUUUUAAUGAAAGUGUUACAUUCCAUGUAGCGAAUGUUAUACUAAGCACUGGUUUGCUAAUUUUCUAUUA